AGUGAUGAACUUGCUGAGGCUUGGAGGAUUUUUACUCCUCUUUUGCACAAGAUUGAAAGGGAAAAGAUCAAGCCAAUUCCUUAUAAAUUUGGAAGGUAAAGUGUCAUGUUUAUGUUCUUGACCUAAACGUCCUUGCUUUGCAUGUCUGUUCAUGUAACUCCCAUAUUAUGCUGAUUGACAUCUGAUGUUCUGAGUUAAAUGGACCAAUAGUGUGCACCUUGACAAACAAGGUACCUGUAAUGUGUGAACACACUGAUUUGUGCCUGUACCCUGCUACAAAAGCUUGGAUACCUCAUGUGAACAUAGCUUCCUAAGUUAUCAAACAGAUAAUUUUUCCAUCACGUACCUCUCGUAAUGCUGUGAAAGGUUUGAACCCGGGAGUCAUUUUAUGAGCAGGUUGAGUAUGAUCAUGCGGGUGACCGUCGUCCUGAAUAGGACUGUUGUUGUUGACAGUGACUGACAUUUCAACAACCUGUGCGUUAGUCAUCUUCAGAGUCAAAGUGAAUUGUAUCAUGUUGGUUGAUGGUAUUAAAGUCUGGUUAUUGGUCUGAUUGGUCAAUUAUGUUGCGAUGUUAUUGUUUCUCUUUCUUUCCUUUCAGUCGAGGUCCUGCUGAGUCAGAUACCCUGUUCAAGGAUAGUGGGUUUCUUUACAGUGAUACUUAA